CAAAAAGUCCAAUAAAAAUCAACGAAUUCUUGUUUCUCCUGGUUUUGAUUCGUCUUGGGAAGGUUACGACGAAGUUAGAUCCAAACAUCGUAACGAUCCAGCAGUGAUGAAUAAGCUACGUGAGAAAUUGAAGUCGAAAGCUACAGUUAAACAUGCACCCAAAGAAAUAGACAACAAGAUUGAAGGGGUUACAACAUGCCCUAAUCUCCCAAAGGAAAUGAAAUACGUCAUCAAGAAGAUCCCGUCCCACCCAUUGAGAUUCGGAACGGCAUAUGGGGUUAAUUUUCUUGAUGAUUUUGAAUCAUCAAUAGGUGAAGAAGGUAUAAAGUUAUUUAGGAUGGAAUUUCUAUUCCAAAUACUGGACUACAUGCCGAAUUCUUCCGUUCAAGAUAUGCCACACUAUUGUGGAAUUUUGGUUGUCGAAAGGCCAAGGAUGGUUAUGUUAGCGAUACCGAAGAUCCUAAAAAUCUAAGAGAGAUUUCAUAUCUUCUAGUCAAGGAGAACCGAUGGACGUCGAGUAGUUUUUUUUUGAAUUUUGUAUUAGAAGAAUGUACAAUUACCAGACUUUUAAGUUUUUCUCAUGUAUGAAACUCUAAUAUAAGAUGAAAGUUUAUAUAUCAUAUUAUCAAGCAUCAAACUUGACUGCUUCUUGAUUCUGAUACAUACUAUUAAUGUAUCAUAUUCUAAUGUAUAAAACUUGACUGCUUCUGAUACAUAUUGUUAAUGUAUCAUAUUCUAAUGUAUAAAACUUGACUGCUUCUGAUACAUACUGUUAAUGUAUCAUAUUCUAAUUUAUCAAACUUGAUUGUUUCUGAUACAUACUGUUAAUGUAUCAGAUUCUAAUUUAUCAAACUUGAAUUCUUCUGAUAUUGUAUAUGUAUCAGCAUCUCAUGUAUCAAGAUUUAGUGAUUCUGAUACA